AUGGAGGAAGAUAGAUCUCUCAAACAUCACAUGUUACCAUCUCUUAAUGACGCCACAACGGGAAUUGCUAGACCUCACGUCGACGCAAAUAACUUCGAAAUCAAGCCGGCGUUCAUUCAAAUGAUUACUCACAACCUUUCAUUCAAUGGGUUGCCAAGUGAUGAUCCUUAUGAGCAUAUCACCAACUUCUUGGAAUCAUCCAACACUUUCAAGAUGAAUGGGAUAACAAUGGAAGCAAUCUAUCUCAUUUUAUUCUCAUUCUCUUUAAAAGAUAAGGCCACGAAUUGGUUACAAAAUUUGCCUCGAGGUACCAUUACUAAGUGGGAAGAUCUAGCUAAACCGCUUUUGGAGAAGUAUUAUCCUCCUUCAAAGACGGCAAAGCUUCGCAUGGCUAUUACCACAUUUUCUCAACAAGAUUUGGAGAGCCUCUAUGAAGCUUGGGAACAGUUCAACGAGUACCUAAGGAAGUGCUCUCAUCAUGGAGUUCCGGGUUGGCUAGUGGUGGAAACUUUCUUCAACGGGCUAAACGGAGCAAUAAGAAUGAUGCUUGAUGCGGCAUCCGGAGGGAGUGUUAGAGCAAAAGAGCCCAAUGAAUGCAAUGAUUUGAUUGAAACCAUGGCGGCCAACAAUAAUGAGCGAUCCUCAACUUGCAAACCGGUUGGAGUCCAUGAGAUUGAAGUUAUUUCAGCUUUAGAUGCCAAGGUUGAAGCUCUAACCAAAAAGAUCGACAAAUUGGCGAUGAUUUCACAAAUUAAAUGUGGCCUUUGUGGUGGGAAUCACACCUUGGAAGAUUAUAGCAUGAGCAAUGUUAACUUGGUGCAAGGGAUAGAGCAAGCCAAUUAUGUGGAUAAUCAAGGAAGAGGCCAAAAUAAUCCCUACUAUAAUACCUACAAUCCGGGGUGGAAGAAUCACCCAAAUUUUUCAUGGAGCAAUACUCAAAAUGUGGUGAGGCCUCCACCCGGAUUUCAACCUCAAGAACCAAGGAAAUCAAGUUUGGAAGAUAUUUUAAUUCAACACAUGCAAAAGACCGAUUCGCUUCUCCAAAACCAACAAGCUUCUAUCAAAGGUACAUUGCCUAGUAACACCAAAGUUAAUCCUAAGGAGCAAGUUAUGGAAAUUACUUUGAGGAGUGGGGUUGAUCUAAAGAGGGCACCAACCAAGCUUAAAGAGGAAGCACAAGAACAAAAAGUGGUGGAACUUAAUCCAUAUGUUCCAAAACUUCCAUAUCCGCAAAGGCCACCAUAA